AUGCGCCUGGGUCGUGGCGUACUGCUAGUCGCGACGAUCUCCCUUCUUUCAAGCAGCAACGCCGUUCCAGCCACAACCGGCAAGAGUAAGGGGCUGAAAUUGCAAGGCGACAGCAGCGACAAGCGCUAUCUGCGAGUACACAAGGCCAUCAGCACCACGAGGGACGAAGAGGAGCGAACGUUCGACUUGAAAAAAAAGACUCCCAACGAUUUCGCCAGAAAGAUCCUGAACAAAAUGACGCAGGACGACGUGUACAAGCUCGAGAUGUUUGCGAAGUGGCAGCAGCACGGACUCAGCAAUGGGGAGGUCGCGUUGAAACUGAAUGUGCCUUACGGCGACAAGUACCUGCCGCUUCUCUUAGAGUACUUGAACCAUAUUCAGCCGACAGUUUCCGGGGUGGCGAAGAAGCCACGUAUUCGUUUCGGAGGUGUUGACGUUCGAUACUUUCAUGACGAUGAAACUCUACAAUGGCUACGGCACUUUGGACGAUAA